GACAGUUCUUACAGCUGCAUGUCGCUAAAGGCGUAUCCGUCUCCACCGGAGUUUACUCAGCCGAUAACCCUGCACCAAAAUCAAGGAAAAAUAGACCAAACAUAUUCCGUAUAAGUUGAGUCAAUACAGGAAAGGAAAAUACAUUUGCUAACUGGAGGAGAAUUCUACCAAAGGGGCUUGAAAUCGGAAUAACCAAGCCUGAGACAGACAAGGUAUUUGCAUAAAAUAUAUAUUAUUUUCUUCCCAAAUUGUGUGAAGAAAACAAAUGACUUCUUCCGCUCUGUAAGAAAUGUAACAGUUUGUUCUGAGUGGGCUAUUGACGAUGAUUAGUUUACUAGCCUAUUAUGACGAGUAUGCAUGGUUUCAAAAGUCCUUAUCUGUGCGCGUUACGGUGAGGAUGGGUCGGUGAUUUCAGGUUCCUCGGAAUGGGAGUGGGUGGGGACGAGUGACUCGAGGUCUUUAUCUUAUGUUGCAUCUUUACAUACAUGACUUACAAAUCGCACCUAAAAAGAAGCAGCCUCCCCGAAUUAUUCUCUUAGGACUGGACGGCCAUACAAAGAAAACCACGCAACACCUUGUAAAUGCCUCUGAUAUAUGAACAUCCUAUUUUUGGUUGUAUUACAGGUGUCCAGUGUCAAACACUCCCCGAUGCCUGUUGAAGAAGGAGAGAGACAAGAGGAUCUCAUCGGACUACGAGUGAGGACCGACGUAUAGGAGAUUGACGAGCGAAAAUUCUCUACACAUUUAUGUUUUGUUUUCCACAAUAGCAGGACAUUUUUUUCAGGAGAGGGAGAUUAGUUUUAUAAAAGACAAAGCGGAGGACGGUUCAGGAACACGCUGUCCUCUCCCUAGAGAGGCCCCUCUUCUCUUUUCACCCUGUUUGCCCAACACGGAGAGACCCACACAGACAUGGAUAUAGCGGCUGAUCCGCCUCGGUGGAUGCACCACCACGCCGUGCUGAACGGCCAACACCCGGAUUCUCACCACCCCGGCCUUUCGCACAACUACAUGGAGCCCACCGCACAACUUCUGCCCCCGGACGAGGUGGAUGUUUUCUUUAACCAUCUUGACUCGCAGGGAAACCCGUACUACCACAACUCCGCUCAUGCACGGGCCAGAGUGUCCUACAGUCAAGCUCACGGUAAGACCUCAUUCACUUUCCUAAACAACUUAAUUAUCAGGAUAAAGCAGGAAUUAUCGUAGGCAUAUUCAUGUAUUUUCUCAAAGCAAUAAAAAAUCCGUGAAGGCUCCUUUACGCAUUAAUGUGGGUGGGUUGAAAUACAUCGGUUUGAUAGGCGUAAUAGUUGAACUUGCAAUAUUGUCUGAUAGAGAGCAUGCUAUAAAGCUGCAUUUGCAUGGGAUAACAAAAAUGUUAGGAAGUGAAUGAGACCAUUAAAUGUUGUGGACAUGAGAGCAAUUCAGCUGAUGACAAAAAUAAGGAAAUUAAAGUAAAAUAAAUGUAACUUUCUGGACUGAAGAACUAGUCAAAUAAACAAGGAGUGAGAAACUAUCGAAGAAUAAAUAGCUAAAAGGGUGUCAUGUAUUUGUGCUUGGGUCAAGCGAAAGAGGCUCCAGUGCACUUACCAGACCCCAUGUCUUUGUUACAUCGUUAUCAUUGACAAUAAAGUAUCAAGAUGACUCAAAACGAGAGAAAAAAUAUUUCUGUAGUUAUAGUGUAGUUUUGUCUGAAUACCUGCCAAAUGCAUUUUGUGCCCCUCACGAAUCGAAUAAUUCCUUUAAGCACGCUGCGUCAACAGGUGAAGGACUUCGGUGUCCCAACUUUCUGCAAUCCUAUGACAUCACAUCAUCAAUUAGAGUUGUAACAUUAUUAGCCUGUUUGUGUAUUCCAUCUAUGAACAUAUUAUUCAACUCUGCUUACAGCUCGCUUCGCUGGGGGUCAGGUCUGCCGGCCACAUCUCCUCCAUAGCCCGGGGAUUUCAUGGCUAGAGCCCGGCAAAGCAGCCCUCUCAGCGGCCCACCAUCAUAACGCAUGGGCGGUCAGCCACUUCAGCAAGACCGGGCUGCAUGCCUCAGGCUCCGGGGCUCAUGGUGGCCUAUACCCCUGCAGCAACAACGCCAGCACUGCCUCGGCCUCCUCAUUAACGCCCGCGUCCCAUUCGAGUCCACAUCUCUACAGUUUUCCCCCUACCCCGCCAAAAGAUGUCUCCCCAGACCCCGGGGCCGCCUCUCCCUCAUCCUCUACCCCGAGAAUGGACGAGAAGGAGUCUAUCAAGUACCAAAUGUCAAUUUCUGACGGCAUGAAGAUGGAGGGUUCCAGUCCUCUCCGGAGCAGCCUGGCCUCAAUGAGCGCACAGACCCCCUCCACCCACCACCCCAUACCGACCUACCCCACAUACUCUCUCCCAGCAGCGCAUGACUACGGGGGAAGUCUCUUCCACCCUGGCAGCCUGCUCGGAGGAUCAUCCUCCAGCUUCACCCCGAAAUGUAAAAGCAAAACUCGGUCGUGCUCAGGUGAGUCUCAUCUUAUCUCUAAAAUGUGGAUAGCCUAUUUCAAAAGUUUGUGUUACAGAGUAAAAUGAUGAUGAAAUAAUCAUUUUAUAUUAUUAUUAUUAUUAUUACAUUUACAUCAUUUAGCAGACGCUCUUAUCCAGAGCGACUUACACAUUGGUGCAUUUUAUUAUUAUUAUUAUUAUUAUGACAGAACACAGUGAAAUUAUGUUAUUGGAUAUCGGCUUUAUAGGCUAUAUUUAGGGUAUCUUGGCAUUAUAACAGAUUUUUUGUUAUCUAAGCCCAUAAUUUAGCUAAAAAACAAAUAUUAAAACAAGAAUAAUAUGAACGUGUAUUGAAUUACUGCCAUGCACUCUACAAACACCGUUUAAACUAAAAACUAAAACUUAGGUUAUUUUUAGACCAAACAAUAUAAGAUACCUAUGUAGAUAUAAAUAUAGCCUAAAUAAAAUAAAAAUAUAUAAUAGCUAGCCUAGGAUUUUUAUGUAUAUUUUUAUGAAUGUAUAUAUUAAGGCCUAUGCAUUUAAACUUUUUGUUUAAAUGCAUGCGUAAAUAUUCCCCAAUGUAGGCUAUUCUAUAAGGCUGGUAAUGUUUCUGAAUGAAACGUCCAUGGCAUUUUCAAAACUCCCAGUUUAAUGCAAUUUGAUUUACUCCGUUACCAAACUUUCCAUAAACGUCCUUAGAAAACAGGACAAAAUGGGAUGACAAUAUGCAAUAUCAUCAUAAUUAGCUUUGACGUGGAAGUAGGAGUGGUGUGCAGGGAAUAAUUGGGCUGAGGUUACAUCAUGCAUGUAUGUUGUCAUAACUCCUUUCAUAGCUCUUUUCACACACACCGGAUUCUUUCGUCGCCACAACACAAUCCGCCUCAAAAGAACCAGUAGGAAGCUGUAGGCCCCUACACACUCAUACACCUAAAGCAGUGAUAUCCACAUAAUAGUAAUUCUGUAUGUGAAUUGCUUUGCAUAGCCUAUGGAUCAAGAAUGGUAUCUCAAAAAAAGGACACAAACAGAUAUUAUAGUUAACUAUAAUUAAUAUACUAAUUAUAUACAUAAAAGGUUAUCAAUAACUGUUUAUUUGUUAUGGUGUGGGGGUGGACAGAUACAACAAUAAGAGGUGGUGUGAGGUUAAGCUAUACUGUGUCUCCUUCGACGAUUUUUUUCUAGCCUAAUUUAUGCAACCACGUUUUUAAACAGUAGGCAUACCUUUUCCUCUUUAUCUGCAUGUUUUUUUCUCCAAUACAAAUCGGUAAUAUCAACAGAUAUAUGCCUAAUGUAAUUAUAAUGAUAAUGUAGGCUUAGCCUAAUAAUUAUAAGAAACCAUGCGUAUUGUAAGCUGUGAAGACAUAAAACGAUCCCAGUGUCCCAGGCCUGAGUAAUGUACGUGCGGCCAGGCUACUUUAUUUGGUUGGAAAGACAGGGAAUGCAUACUGCCUCGCUUCAAGCACACACCCAAGCCCUGUCGUUCGGCUGAGCGCGGGCCCGCUUCGGCUGACACGUUUAUUAUCCUCUUUUGUAAACCGCGACUCAAUUACGCUCGAGCUGGCACGCCCUUGAGAACGGUGAACUGGAUACAGCCCGGAGGUGUGAAAAGAAGAUCCACUCGAGCAUUUGGGCCAAAAAAACUCAGUAUUUACAAUCAGCCGUUUCUUUGUUACAUAAUACAGCAUUGUCGAGACUGACAUUUGACGACUCUAGACAGAGCUGAUUGCCCUCAAGCAGCCCCCUAUCUUAUAACCGGCUCCCUUUUACUGAGCAGCAGUAUUAAUUUGUUAGAGAAAGAAAGCGCCAACAAAAAAUCAAUUCACAAUUUUUCAUAACUAAGGAUUAGUUGUCUCAACAUAAACCCCAAGAGUAGUCCUAAAAAUAAAACCCCACAUCUGUCAGUGUGCUAUUAUGGUCAUUCUCAGACAAAGGCACAACUUCCAUCAUCAAGACCCAGAUAGUUGUUUGGCAGUGGAUCCUCAUCACUGAUAGAUUUAUGUGUUAGGGGCUCUCCCUGACAUGCAGGAAUAGACUGUCAUGUUACUAUUAUUUUUUUAUUUGUGGGAAUGUCAAGUAUUGGUGGCUUGCAGGACCAUAGAACGCUAUAGCAUCACACUAUUCUGGUGGAGUCCCUACUCAUGCAUACCUUAGAGGCACUUCCUGUUUGACUAACCCUAAUCCAGGCCCCCUUCCUCUCUCUCUCCAUCUCAGUCUCCCCCUUUUUUCUCUCCCUCCUUCUCUGGCUGUCCAUACUCAGCAUUAUGUGGAGCCACCAACAGAGGCAAAGGCCCACAAGUAUGUUAGUAUUACCUCUACUAGUCUAGACUGACAAUCCGAUCCACAUUAUAAGCAGCACAAAUAUUUCAAAAUGACUACCUUAGUUUGCACUGUGGUUAGGUUACUUUCAAUAAGGAAUGGUCAUCAUUCCUAAGAAUUCCGAUGUAAAGUGAGUCAGAGCAGGCUAUUGUUUAGCCUAUAUAAUGAUGAGCUGAUGAGGCUGAGAGAGGAACAGGGAGAUGUUGAUCAUCAGACCAUCUUUGCCACAUGUACACGCACGCACAGACUCACACCCACUAAAGCAGGGAUCAUCAACUAGAUUCAGCCGUGGGCCGAUUUUUUCUUUAGUGGAUGGUCGGGGGGCCGGAACAUGAUUACAAAUAAUUUGUAGAAUCCAAAUUGACUGCAAGAAGCCCAAACAGAUAUAGUGUUUGCCAAAAACCUUGCUUACAUUUGUAUACGAUCAAGUGUCUGUCUAUUAUGCGUGGGAAUACUUGGGAACAGAUUUCUUAAAUUAAAAUCACUUGGAGCUGAUUUCCUGGUGUUUUUACAGUCUUCUGUGUAAAAACAUUAUUUAUUAAUUUUUUGCUCAGAACACUUUGGGGGCCAAAUAAAACCACCCGUGUGCCAAAUUCCGCCCGCGGGCCACCAGUUGAGGAACCCUGCACUAAAGGUUGUAUAUCUGGGGAGGAAAAUCAUUGCAAUCACAGCAAAAUGUAGAGAAACAUGAGAGACAGCCUACAUUUCACUGUGGGUGUAUGGGUGCCCCUGUCUGAAACAUGCCUGGGUCCCAGCUGACCCAAAACUGACCCAAAACUGACAGGGAGGAACUUAACCAGAUCAAAUGGAACAAAGCCUGGCGGCAGCAUUUUCAUGUUGUUAUUCCAAGAGUCUGCAGAGGGUUAAACACACACUCUCUUUCACACAAACUUCAGACCAAAAAUACACAGCCUUCUCAUAUAAACAGGAAUUCAAGAACAGAACUAGAGAAUAGAACUUAGAAACUAAAAAUUGAUUCUCAAAACUUUUCCCAUGCUUCUGUGCACCUAAUAUAAAAAUAUGCAGUCCUCGCAUAGUUUUUCAGACUAACUAACAUAACAUUUUCAAAAUUGUACAUGCCACUGCUACAGGUUACAUAAUUGUUAUGUAUGAUAAAUGUGUCAUUAGAGUUGACAGGUUAAUUUUAUAAAUGUCCCUGUGGUCUCUCUCCACCUGCAUGCUGCUCAGAGGGGCGUGAGUGUGUCAACUGUGGAGCCACCUCUACCCCCCUGUGGCGACGGGAUGGUACGGGCCACUACUUGUGCAACGCCUGCGGACUCUACCACAAGAUGAACGGUCAGAACCGACCCCUCAUCAAGCCCAAACGCAGACUGGUGAGUACCCCGGGACCACCAAACCACACACACACAUACAUACACAAACACACACACCCACACAAACACAAACACACCCACACAAACACACACACCCACACAAACACCCACCCACACAAACACACGUGGAGUGCGGAGAUGGGAGGGGGCAAAAAAAAGCACAAGGUUGGGGGAGAGGGGCGAGGAGGGCCAUGAUUCCAGGAAAGUUAUAUUUUCCCAAUCAGUUUCCGGGAAUUGUGUUUCCCACUCACCCCUUUGCUCCCGUACACAGGCUGUUAGCGGAGUGCGGCUAUCUGUGUUGUUUCUGCUAUCAUUAUUGCUGCUACUUCUGAUACUGCUACUGAUACCACAGAGCCACAGGCCUCUCUAUCAACCCUCACUAUACAGCUCACGGUGACUGUCUGCUGUGGAGGCUGUAUGAGCGACUGGUGCACUGCACGCUUUGUGUUAUUAAGUCACUUUAUAGGUAAUAGAAGAAAGGAAACAUUGUGUGUUUAUUUUCUCUGUGAGUGAAUAUAUGCGACUGGUGUGCAACACACUUGUAAAUGGAAAUCUCUCUGUCUUUCUCUUAGCCAAAUACUGGACUGGGCCUUCUUGCUGCUUGGCUGAUAUCACAUUGUGUACUUCUCAUCAUGAACUCAUUUCAACAUCAAUGUUGUGUUUUCCUCAGAGGGCAGCAGCCAGGUCAGAUCCAGACUGAUAUAGCCCAGUCACACAGCAGUUCAAUGGACUAUGUAAAUGUUGUCAUUACUGAAAAUAGUCUUUCCAGACUUAAUGUGCUGGUGACUCUAUUGAUUGCAAAAAAUAAAAACAAUCAUUUGUUGGGGUUAAAUGUUAAAAGCUAUUAUUUUCAAAUAACAGCAGCUAUCUAUAGCCCUGAGCUAACCAGACUUUAAAGCACUUGGCCUCAACAACAACAAACACGCAAUGAAGAUGGCACCUAUGAAACUCUGCAAUGGAGGGAACUGAUAUGACCCAAUGAGAUAUAGAUUUGCAUCAAAUACGAAAAACAAAGAAAUAUGAUUCUCCACGCCCUGUUGACAGAUAAAUGUGGAGCUAAAAAAUGAUAUGCAUAAAUGACAAAAUCUCUCGAUUCAAGCUGUGAUCUGAAUAUUUCCUGUAACAUUUCGAAUAGCCCACAGUAGUCUACCGUUCGCGGGCGUAAACCUAUUUGCAUGUGGCCUAAUACAUCAAUAGCAUAAUAAUAUUAAUGAUAAUAAUAUUAAUAAUAAUUAUAACGUUAUUAAUAAUUAUAUUAAUAAUUAUUAUAAUGGAAGAAAUCAUGUAAAACAGCAUUUAAUAAUAACCAUAACCAUUUUUAUUUCACUGAGCUAAUUUCACUACUAGGCUUAUAAACUCUUGAUAAUUGAUAUAUUCUAGCAACUCGUGGUUGAUUUUUGCAAGAGUAUUUUUUCCACGCCCCUCUUGAAUAAAUAGGGGGUUUGCAGAAAUAGAGACAUUACUAUAAAACACACGUCAGUAAAGUUACGUUAAACCAACGUCGAAUAGACCUUGAAUUGACGUCUGUGCCCAGUGGGCCUAUUUUCUGCAAAUUCAUAUUUGGAAUUUGGAUGUAUGCCUAAUUAUCGUACGCCUGUUCAAAUUAUUUACGAAUCGGUUCCCAAAUGUCUCAGGAUGCAUAAUACGAUUAUUAAUCUAUUAAUCAAAGGUUACGGAUAAUAGUAUUGAAACGCAUUAAUAGUUGAGACACAAAUAGAUUAUUUAGGCCUACAUAUUUAAUGUCGACUGCGUUUGUUUAAGGACCAUCCUAGAGAUCAUAUAAUCCGGUGCGCAUCUUGAUAAGAGAAUGGGGGAGAUAUGGCUGAGGCAAAUGCAGACAGACUAUUGACAUUCAGCCGACAGCAUAAAGACUGCACUGAUCUGAAUCAGCCAAUGCAGGCUAUACAAAAAGCAUCACCGACGAGACUCCGUUUGAUUUUGGACUGUAGGCCUAUUUAGAGAGUCUAGAGACCCGUUUUUAGAUUAUUCUGAAACAUUUGACUUGAGCUGUUUUACAUUGUAAGCAGAAACGCCAUUUAGGCCUAGGCUAUGAAUCUUUGGGCCUUGAAAAAUACUUUGAAGUCCAAAGCAUAUACCUGGUCUAUAAUCAAUAUAGCUUAAACCUGCAUAAAAAGCAUAAUAAAGUUUCAUAAUUUUCCCUUUGUCUGAAAAAUCCAGUCGUUAUUUUUCUCCAUUAGUCAGUAGCGGGUGCGUUUGUAGCCUACUUUUCAGCUCGCGUGUUUUCAGUGCUCGCGCAGGGGCCUUCCAGUCGUUUCCUAUCCGGAUAUCUGCCGGUACCGAUAAGGAAGCAAGGCCAACACGUGUUUCCGUCCGUCGCGCGCUAGUACACUUACUUUUCUAUAGCAGUGGUCAAGCAGGCCAGUCCUCAAUUUAUAGGAUAGAGUAAAGCGAUUAGCACAACAUUUAAGUACACGUUAUGUGCACAGAAAACAAGCAAUGGAGAGCUAGAUGCAUGCAGGGCGCGCAGGGGAGGUGAAAUAAAUGGAUAUAUGUCCUGCUACCUGUGGGACCAAGGCUAGGGCUCCAGCCUCGACUUGUAGACUUCUUUACUAGGAAGUUUGUUUAUAUAGGGCAAUUUUGACACCAUUUGGGUAAUUUUCUACUUGACUCACUAGAGAGGUAUUUUGCAUUAAUGCAUGUUUUAAGAUUAUCUUUAGGUGUGUAGGCCCAUGCACUAUUCUGGUUGAGGGUUCAGAUUACCAUAUUUUGCUGUAGGGGUCUACUUACGUUUUAUGUGUGUAAAUGUCUCAUAUUAAGUGUGAAGAAUCCAUCUGUAAUGGCAGGGGAUCGCACAGGCUGCCUGGACACUGGAGGGCCUAUGGCCCCCCUCGCUACCUAAUCUCUAUUCAAUAGCAAUGCUUUGCAUCUGAGAGGAAGACCUUUGAUAGUCAGUGUUCAUCAGUGUACUACUGUGUCUGUGAAAUUAAAAAUAUUUCACAUGCUGGUAGAAAACUGUAGCCAAUAUAGACAACCCAUUACUUUCUUAUAUGAUCUAUUCAGCAUGACUUUUAUAGUGACCCCUGUUACUAUUUGGUGUAUUUGAUAAAUAUUCUGUCAGGGAAUGUAAAGACGGGAUACCUUUUUAUUGCAUAAUUCAGUCAUUAUUGAAACGCAUUGCAAUAAACUAUCACACAAUAUGAAUUCAUUUCUGUAAUCAUAUGCAAAUCUAUAACUAUAAGGAACAAUGUCCAUCUAAAACGGCAUGGAAUAUUAUAUGUUUUCUCGGCUCCUGGCAGCUGAUAUACAAAUACUAUACAUACCGCCUGGCACUAAUGUCAUUCCCAACCUAUGCUUUCAUGUGUUAUGUGUCCGUGCUGUUGUGGUCUAAUAAAGGCUUUCUUCAUGUUUCCCUCCAGUCUGCGGCCAGACGAGCCGGCACCUGUUGCGCUAACUGUCAGACGACCACCACCACACUGUGGAGGCGCAAUGGCAACGGAGACCCCGUGUGCAACGCCUGCGGCCUUUACUACAAGCUGCACAACGUAAGUCUUUCACUGCUGCCAGCCUGGCCAGCCUGACCGCCAGCCCUUACCCACACGUAGCCAGCCAGGUCAAGAAGACGAAAAGGUUGAAUUUAUUGGAAAAGGAUAAGAAAGAGGGAUAGGGAGACAGGGAAGGAGGGAGGGAUGGAGAGAUGGAUGCAGAGCUUGGCCCCUUAGACACACUGGGCCCUGUUGGUGUUUUCUUUCUUUGUGCUUGAUUAUUUCCAUGGUAGGCGUCAUCCCCUUGAGACUCACAAUGGUGGGACUGUUAUUCAGACAGACCAACUGCAUCUGUUCAAAUGAGGCAUAACUGUUGAAGUUUAAGCCUUGGUGUAUUGCCAUGUAUUACAUUGAAUAUGGCCUUGGUUUAGGGAGUAAGCUGCGUACCGUUUCUGCAUUUAGAAAAAAAGACAAAUAACUGUAUCUAGAGUUCUCAUAAUAAAUAAUAUGGUUAUUCCUGUACAUAGUCCAUUCAAUUCAAACAUAUUGAGUUGAUUAUAAACCCUUAGCACCAUCCCAACCCGGUCACUCAUCUCUCCCUCCAUCCCCUUCUCCCUACAGGUGAACCGGCCUCUGACCAUGAAGAAGGAAGGGAUCCAGACACGCAACCGCAAGAUGUCCAACAAGUCCAAGAAGGGCAGGCGGGGCAGCGACGGUUACGAGGAGCUGUCUAAGUGCAUGCACGACAAGUCCUCUCCUUUCAGCGCUUCCUCCCUGGCUGGACACAUGACCCACAUGGGCCACCUGCCCCCCUUCAGCCACGCCGGACACAUGCUGCCCACCCCCACACCCAUACACCCCUCCUUCGGCCACCCCCACCACUCCAACAUGGUCACCGCCAUGGGCUGA